GAAAUGUAGUCCAGUCCGAGCCAAAAGGGGUGACGGCGCGGUGGGGGUCUGGAAGGACGACGGGUGGAGCCGGGGGGAAGAUGCUGGAGAGUACCCCCACGCCCGCGCGAGGCAAUGAACAUCCCUGUGAGACUGGGGGCCCUGUUCUUCACCCUCUAUUGGGAUGACAACUUUGACCCAGGGAGCCGAGUCCUGCUGACUGGGGCCAGCACAGGAGUUGGUGAGGAACUGGCCUAUCAGUACGCCCGCCUGGGCGCCCACCUGGUGCUCACGGCCACCACUGAAGCCCUCCUGCACAAGGUGGUCGGAAACUGCAGGAAGUUGGGCGCCCUGAAGGUCUUCUACAUUGCAGCAGACAUGGCCUCCCCCGAGGCACCCCAGCACGUGGUGCAGUUUGCGCUGGACAAGCUGGGGGGUCUGGAUUACCUCGUGCUGAACCACGUCGGAGGCGCUCCGGCCGGACUGAGAGCCCGAAGCGCCAAGGCCACCCGCUGGCUCCUGCAGGUGAACCUACUGAGCUAUGUGCAGCUGACGUCGUGUGCGCUGCCCAGCCUGGCCGCCAGCCGCGGCUCCCUAGUGGUCGUGUCCUCUGUGCUCGGCCAUGUGCCUGCGUACUUCUCCAGCCUGUACUCGGCGGCCAAGUUCGCGCUGGACGGCUUCUUUGGCUUCCUGCGGCGGGAGCUGGACGUGCAGGACGUGAACGUUGCAAUCACCUUGUGCGUCCUGGGCCUGCGCGAGCGUACCUCGGCCACCGAGGGCGUCAGGGGCAUCGGCAGUGCCAGGGCUGCCGCGGGACCCAAGGCAGCCCUGGCUGUGAUCCGUGGAGGUGCCACGUGGGCUUCAGGCGUCUUCUACCCGUGGCGUUUCCACCUGCUGUGUGUGUUGCGGGGUUGGCUGCCGCACCCGCCUGCGUGGUUCAUCCGCCAGGACCUCAACGUCUCCAUCGCAGCAGCCUGAGCUCUGGGGCCCCGGGGCAGCGCAUCUUCGCAGCUGUCUAGUGCAGCUACGCCCAGAGCCAGGAAGCUCGGAUUGACUUCUGACAUCUGCUCAUAGAAUUCAAGGUGCACAGGGCCUCUGUAGGAACUUGCUGGACCCAAGGCUCCAGAGGAGCAGGGCUUGGGGAGUGUACUUUGGGCUGGAUCCAGUCCUCCCUUCAUAAUAAAAGUUCGCUUCUCUGGUAUGCAUCUAUUGAAACUUCUCAGGCCAUAGUGGAGGGUGGGAGGCUGAGGUGAGAGGACGGAAGCCACCUUGGGCUACAUGAGAACUCAGUUGGUAGAAUGCUUGCCUAGUAUUCACGAAGCCCAACCCAGUACUGCACAAAAUACUGUGAUGGUGCAUACCUGUCAUCCCAGCACUCGGGAAGUAGAGACAGCCGGAUCAUGGCCUGGUCUACAUAGUGAGUUCCAGGCCAGCCAGUGCUACAUAGUGAGGCCCUGUCUGAAAAAACAAAAACCAGUCUUGAGAUUGUGAGAUGACUCAGCAGAUACAGGGGCUUGCUGUACAAGGUUACAUUCCUGACAACCUGAGAUUGGUCCCUGGAACCGACGUGGAGGAAAGAGAGAACCAACUCCAGCACGUUGUUCACCACGUGCUGUGGUACGUGCAUGCGCUCAGGCAGACACAGACACAGUGACACACACACACAAACACGGAGACACAC